AUGAUCUUGAAGUACUUCGAUAUUCUGCAUUGUCAUAUUAAUGGCCAAGCUCCACCUCAUGGAACUCUGACUCAGGAACAGUUGGCAAAAGCCGAGAUUACAAUUUUACGGUGGGUUCAGACCGAAGUGUAUCAACGAGAAUUGACGAUACUGCAGGAUAUGAAGAAAGGUAACGCUGUAGCACGAGGCCGAAGCGGGAUAAACAAGAAUAGUAAGCUGUUCAAACUCUCACCUUUCGUAGACGAACACGGAGUUAUACGCCUAGAGAGUCGUAUAGUCGCAGCUUCCUACGCUGCGUUUGAUACUAGAUAUCCUAUAAUUCUUCCCAAGGAACACCAUGUUACCCAACUACUAGUAGAAGCCAUGCAUAAGCGAUACCUACACGCCAACGGGGAAUCCGUUGUGAACGAAAUACGGCAGCGGUUCCAUAUUCCUAACCUUCGAAGUGUGGUACGAAAGGUCACCAAGUCAUGUCGAGUGUGCAAAAUCAGAAAGGCAAAACCCAUAGUUCCGAGGAUGGCUCCCCUACCAACCGCAAGGUUGCAAGCAUUUGUUAAACCGUUUACGUACAUAGGCUUGGAUUACUUCGGUCCGAUGAACGUGCGUAUAGGAAGAAGUUUGGUAAAGAGGUGGGUGGCAUUAUUCACUUGCCUAACGAUUCGAGCUGUCCAUUUAGAAGUGGUCCACUCUCUCACUACCGAGUCGUGCAAGAUGGCUAUCCGACGGUUCAUUGUAUGCCACGGAUCGCCACUAGAGAUUUACAGCGAUAACGGGACGAACUUCGUGGGUGCGAACAAUGAUCUUCGAACGAAAAUAGAUUCCGAACAACUUGCCGAGAGUUUCACGAAUGCAUCAACGAAGUGGAUUUUCAACCCACCGUCAGCACCCCACAUGGGAGGGGCAUGGGAGCGGCUAGUACGUUCGGUAAAGGUGGCCAUGGCUUCGAUGCAAACUAGCAGGAACCCUGAUGAGGAAACCUUCGUAACAAUUGUUAGAGAGGCGCAAGGCGUAGUAAACUCUCGACCGCUAACUUUCAUUCCCAUUGACAGUGAAUCCCAAGAAGCUCUAACACCAAACCACUUUAUUAUGCUCAGCUCAAGUGGCGUAUCGCAGACCCCGAAAAAGUUAGCAGAUCAAAAACAGGCGCUUCGGAACAAUUGGAAUCAACUAAACGUGAUGCUCGAUCAAUUUUGGAGGCGUUGGAUCAAGGAGUAUUUGCCUACUAUUUCUCGGCGCACAAAAUGGUUCCAGGAUACACCCCCGAUAGAAGAGGGCGAUUUGGUGGUGAUAGUGAAUGAGACCGAACGGAAUGGUUGGAUUCGUGGACGAGUCAUUGGUUUAAUCGAAGCGAAGGAUGGGCGUAGACGUCAAGCAGCAGUACAAACGGCUAAAGGAGUGCUUACGAGGCCGGUGGCAAAGUUAGCUCGAUUGGAUUUGAGUACAAGUAACACCAGGGCAGCAGAUACAUCCUCCGACCUGUCUUACGGGCAGGGGGAUGUUACGGCAUAA